AUGAAGUCAGAGCCCUGGGGUGCAGGGACACUCUCCGGCAACCUGACUUGUGUUCAUUCGCUGUCUUCCAGGCUGAUUCACCCCCCAAGUGGCCGUUCCUACCACAAGGAGUUCAACCCCCCAAAGGAACCCAUGAAAGAUGAUAUCACUGGGGAACCCUUGAUCCGCAGAUCAGAUGAUAAUGAGAAGGCUUUGAAAAUCCGCCUGGAGGCCUACCACACUCAGACCAUCCCACUGGUGGAGUACUACAGGAAAAGAGGAAUCCAUUCUGCCAUCAACGCAGCCCAGACCCCUGACGUUGUGUUUGCGAGCAUCCUAGCAGCCUUCUCCAAAGCCACAUGUAAAGACUUGGUUAUGUUUAUCUAAUGUUGGGUCCAAAAAGGAAUUUCCUUCUUCUUCCUAUUCCUGUUUCCCUGUUGAGGAAGUGGGUGGGAAUGCCAGAGCAGACAGAAGGAAGCUUCCUCAGGCCAGCAAGAAUAUCAUUUGAUGUAUUGAUUAAAAAAGCACUUGCUUGAUGUA